UAAAGACAUCUUGCAAAAGGGGGGCCUCGGUCAAAUUUUAACACCAUUUGAGGGGCCUCGCCCUGGAAAAGUUUGGGAACCCCUGCCCUAGGAUAUCCCCCAGGCUCCUUGUGACCCUGUGUAAGAUAAACGGUACCGAAAAUGGAUGGAUAUUUACAGUUGUAUGCAGUCUGGAAUGGUGGUAUUGUGCUGUUUUUAGUAUGGAACAAUAGUAGGCCUACGCCACCUAAGGUGACUGCUAAGCUCAUCCUUGUGCAUCCUGUCCUCACUGUGCAUCCUCAUCAAUAAUGUAGCAUAAUAACAGCUGGCACGACAGAACCGCAGGUUUAGUCUGUAUUCAUCUACGUCCAGCUCCAGUGUAGUCAGCAAAACGCUGUUUUAAACCAUGACCCGAAAAUGGUCCAGACUCCAAGGAAAUUAAAGCGCCAGCAGCGUCUGAAAAAAAAAAAAAAAAAUGAAAAGAAAAAGGGGGCAGAUUUAAAGGGCGAGAUCGGUGUUGAAGUGCGGAUGGGGCAAACCACAUAAGCGGAGAGGAAGUGAGAGAGAGACAAGAGCAGCAUCUGCUCGCACCCUGAAGCGCCUCGCACCACUGACAGCGUACACACAACAGCUCGACGGAACCACGACCAUGUCGGUAAACAGCACGGGGUGUCUUAACCGGACAUCACCGCUGUCUUUUACCGGGAUGCGGAUUUCUACAGGCCGCUGACUGAAACACCGCAACAAAGGAGGGAAGGACAGCAGACGCUCUAAAACGGUCCGAGUGCUUUGUGAACGCUGCGUCAGUUGACCUCACCCACCAACGAUCAUGUUAUCCAUCUUGGCUGCGGGCUCGGUGUUUUUCCCUGGGCUUUUCCUCUUGUCCAAGCAGUGUCUGAAACGGCUGCCUGGUCUAGGAUGGCACGAGGGGGAUGCGGUGAUGGUGUCAGCCAGGUUGGUGUCAUCCGUUCAAGCCGUCAUGGCCUCCUCGGCUGGUUACAUCAUCUCAACUUCCUGUGAUGACAUCAUCGAGGAUCAGCACUGGCUGACCACAUCCUACAUCCUGUUCGCCGUGCCCUACUUCGUGUACGAUAUAUACGCCAUGUUCCUGUGCUACUGGCACAAGCUUCAGGUCAAAGGUCACGAGGUGGAUAACGGCCCCAAGUCCAAGUCUGUGGCCCUGAGCAGCUACCUCCGCAGAGAGUUCCUCAUGGUCUUACAUCAUGUAGUCAUGGUCACCGUGUGCUUCCCCGUCUCCGUGUUCUGGAGGCAGGGGAAGGGUGAUUACUUCCAGGGCGUCAUGUUCCUAGCUGAGCUCAGCACUCCCUCCGUCUGCUUAGGCAAAAUCCUUAUUCAGUAUAAGCAGCAGCACACACUACUUCACAAAGUGAAUGGGGCUCUCAUGCUGGUCACUUUCUUCAUCUGUCGAGUCCUUCUCUUCCCCUACCUCUACUAUGUUUAUGGCAGGUACGCAUCUAUCCCUUUUUACCAGGUCCCUCUUGCUGUGCCGUGGCAGUGUAACUUGGGUGCUGCGCUGCUCAUGGCACCGCAGCUGUACUGGUUCUGCCUCAUUUGCCGCGGGGCUCUGCGCUUGUUCACUGGUGGCUCCCCACGUUCCCGUUGCCCUACCUCUCCCUCUAAGCUCCUCCUAGAUGGACACACAUCUUCUUUUCAGACAGCCAAUGGCUACUGUGGUCAGGCGGCCACUCUCGACCCGCCCACCACCACGAUCCACUAAGAGUGACACUCAGCUAAAGAACAAAUGUAUGUGUGUAUGUGUGUGUAUGAGUUUGAGACUAAAUGGGUCACAAAAUGAGUCUGAAUGAAUUAACUGUGAAGAAGAGGAAACGAAGUGACACUGGAUGUGCAGUACUAUAGCAGUACAUUACAGCAUUCUGUUUAGCUCCAAGACCCAUGUACUGCAUAUAGGACUGCUUUAGUAGACAUAUAAGAGCUGUGCUCACACACACACACACAAAAAAAAGACUGGAAUGAACUUUGCAGUUGUGUUUGCACAAUAGUUUCAACACCUGAGGCAAUAUGUGUCAUUAUUAUGCAUUAUAUGACACUAAAUGGGUUAUGGCUGAUUAGAUAGGCAUGUAUUGGUUUUGUGCAAGAAAUCAUACAUUUAAUGAUGAAUAAACGUGACGGAAAUUUCAUGGAAAAAUCCAAAUCGAAAUGCAAAUAUUUUCAAAUAAGAGUUUGGUUUUAGAUAAACCUAACUGGCAAUAAAACCUAAAUUGGUUACAUAAGCAAAAUCUUGCGUAUGUAAAACAGAGAUCUGCAAAGACAUGAGCUUUUUCAACCUCUACAGAAAAACCUUUCUGGAAUGUAUUAUUUUGUACAUGCUAGUUCCUUGUUUUUAGACAGCCUGGCUACGCUUAAUAACCGAAGCAUAAAAGAAAAGGUGAGAUGCUACUCAAAAGUCCUGUCCUAAGGCCUUAUGGUGACCUGUAGAUUGACUUUAAGGCAGAACAUUCAGGUAGAUCUUAACCAGCACUAUCAACUGUAUCUAUCUAUAUAUCUAUCUAUAUAUACUACUUGUAUAUACAAAGAUAAAAUAGACAACCCUGAAUUUAUAGGUGAGAAACGAACGAUCAAAUAUAUCGCUGCCUUAUCCAUUUUGGAAUUUUGUGUCAUUUUAGUUUUUGUUUGCUUUUUUGGAUAUAGGAGAGUAGUUAAAUGAAAAACAAACAAACAAAACAAAACAAAACAAAACAAAACAAAAAAACUACAGUGUGGGCAAGUCAAAGGUGAAAAUUUUCUCAAGAUUUUUGUUUAUGCUUAUUCUUUGAUGACAAGUCCAAAUUUAUUUAUUCAUUCUUUCGUUAAAAUGUCAUUUUUAAAAAAUCUAAUUAUUUAGUGUUCUGUCCAUUCAGUCCAAGAUUUAUGUCCGUUAUCAUACUGGUUAUGAAAAUGUAUGUUGAAACUGAUAGCCUGUAUUGAAUUCCUAAAUUAUUAAAGUUAUGGACAUAUGACCCUACAGUAAACCUGAAAUGCUUGCAACCGCUGUCUUGCUUUUCGGCUUUUUGGAAUGACGAUGGAAUAAACUACAUACAGGAGGGAAACUACAUCCGGUA